GAGAGCUCGCUGCCGAGCCCACCGCUGAGCCCUGCGUUGGCAUCGCCCGAGCCGGAGGUGGCGGAGGAGGAGGAGGCGAGCUCGGAGAACUCUCUUGGUGCCAGCCCCGCGAUCAGCCCAAUGCCGUCGGAGAAGGACCCCAGAAGGCGGAGUCUCCGCGCAAGGCUUCAGGACCGAGGUGGGCUGUUCUGGCAGGGCGUGAGGACACGGAUGAAGGGCCCCAGCAAUCGGAAGACCCAGGACUUGGGGAAGAUGGUGAACCGUUUGGGGGCCGGGGCGGCCUUCGGCGCGAAGACCCUGCUGAAGAAGGAGGCGAGGACCGCCUCGGUGAUGACAGUGGAACCGACGAAGCUGCUC